UCCAGGGAUUGAACCCAGGUCUCCUGCAUUGCAGGCAGAUUCUUUACUGUCUGAGCCACCAGAGGAGCCCCAGUCAGACCCUGUUUAUAUGGGAAGAGAAGCCCCCACCCUCCAAGUAGGCAUUCAGGGGCCGGAAGCUGGAGAGGAGGGUGCAGGGCAGCGCGCCCCCAUGAAUAAUUGAGGGUCUCAGACAAACAGGUCUCUCUCCGCCCCACAGCUGUUGCCCUGCCUCAGGCAGUGAGGGGGAGGCGGUGACAUCACUUCCUCCCCUGUUGGGGCCACUCAACGGGGGAGGGCGGGUGCGGGUUAUAAGGAGCUGCCACCCUGGCCACACAGAGCCAAGGACCCUGGUCUGGACGCCCCACCAUGCAGCGCCAAGGGUCCACCAUGCUGCUCUUGCUGUUGCUGCCUGCUCUGCUGGGGGCUGCCACCGCGGCUCCCCUGGCACCCAGACCCUCCAAGGAGGAGCUGACGCGCUGUCUGGCAGAGGUGAUCACAGAAGUGCUGAUGCUGGGCCAGGCGAGGCGAGGCCCCUGCCUGGCUCUCCUCCACAGAGAAAUGUAUGAGACAGAGCCCUAUGGCUGUCGGUCCACUGAAGAGAACGGCCUACUGGUUGGGGAUUUUAAAAAGCCAGAGGCUGGGAAGACGAGGUCCAGCCAGGAGGUGAGGGACGAGGAAGAGGAGGCAGCAGAAAGGACCCACAAGUCUGAGGUGCGGGAACAGGCCGUCCGUGAGCAGCUCCACAGCCGGCUCCACCAGGAGGACCAUGAAGAGGAGGAAGAGGAAGAAAAGAAGGGGCCCAUGGAGACCUUGGAGGGCCUGUGGAAGAAGCAUCUGGAGGGCGGCAGAGACCCCCAGAAGCGCGUGGCAGAGCAGGCCAGCGAUGAGGAGACGGCCCAGUUCGAGGCAGAGGAGAAGGGAGUGCAGGUGCUGGGUGAGGGCCGCAGCCUGUGGCAGGGGGUCAAGGCGGGCGGAGAGAGACGCGAGGACCGCCACCACUCCCGCCAGCCAGAAGCCGAGCCCCAGCAGGAAGAGAAGGAAGAGGCUUCGGACAGGGAGGGGCACGACGUGGAGCGGCUGGAGCACAUGAGCGAUGAGCUGAAGAAGGCGACGGAGGUGCUGCGAGAGGAGCUCAGGAGGGGGGGCUGACCCGACCGCACGUCCUCCUCCGCGACACACCCUAUACGGCUUAGUACCAUUGACCCCAACCUGUCACCCCACCUUGCUCCCCAACCGGCAGGAGUGGGGAGAAGGGUGUGCCUUGAAACCAGGCCUCAGGGGCCAAGUCUGAGCUGGGGGAAGGGGCUGGGCUCCGCCUGACUCAGGACACAGCCCGGAUGCCCUAACCCACUCCAACCCCUGACCCCGAGUGAAUAAAGCACAGAGAAAACCACCAAG